AUGUGAAUACGUUUUAUAUCCGUAUACUACCUGGUAAUGGUGAAUUUAGCUGUCGGUUUAGAUAUAUAUUUUUAGUUCAAUUUUACUCUCGCAUAGCUUGCCUUCCAACUUCAGACUUUGAAGCUAAGAUUUUCUACCUCUGUGCUGAAUCGUGAACGUAACGAGUUCCGUUCAACAUGGCGGCCCAGCGUAGGAAUUUGAUGCAGAGCCAGCAUCAAAGCUGGACAGAUGACCUGCCUCUGUGUCAGAUGUGUGGGGUCGGAACAGCACCCAACUGUGUGUACGGCCCUGAUGGCAAAGGAACUCAGAGCCACCCCAAUGAGGAUGGACACCUCAGGUUCAGAGGUGACGAUGGCUGUUUCCUGUACGGGGUUUUUAAUGGUUACGAUGGCAGCAGAGUGGCCAACUUUGCUUCCCAGUGUCUGACAGCGGAACUGCUCCUGGGGCAGCUAAACUCCGGUCACACAGACAACGACGUCCGCAGGAUCCUCACACAGGCCUUUGAUGUGGUGGAGAAGAGCUACUUUGAAACCAUAGAUGAUGCUCUGGCUGAGAAGGCUAACCUGAGCAACUACCUCCUACCGCACAAUGAGAAUGUUCCGUUCCACCAGCUUUCUCCUCAGAGUCAAAAGGUGAUGGAGCGGCUGAAGGAGCUAGAGCAGGAGGUGUCAGGAGGCGCCACGGUUGCGGUGGCGCUCAUUCUCAAUAACAAGCUCUACAUUGCAAACGUUGGGACGAACCGAGUCCUGCUGUGCAAGUCCAGCAGUGACGGCCAGAACCAGGUGCUUCAGAUCGGCCGACCGCACAGUACCGACAACGAGGAUGAGCUGCAGAGACUGGCUGCACUGGGACUGGAUUCAGCUCGGAUAAGACAAGCGGGCCAGAUAGCGGGACAGAGCAGCAGCAGAAGGCUUGGAGACUACCGAGUCAAAUUUAACUACAACGAGAUUGACGUGCUCAGCGCAGCCAAGUCAAAGCCAGUUGUUGCGGAGCCAGAGAUUCACGGCGGCCAGUCUUUGGAAGGCGUCACAGGCUUCUUGUUGCUGAUGUCAGAGGGACUGAUAAAUGCCCUCGAGUCCGCCCAUGGUCCCGAACAGGCUAAUCAGGAAAUUGUUGCCAUGGUAGCAGCAGAGCUAGCCCAGCAGACCAGUCUGGAGGCGGUGGCUCAGUCUGUGGUUGAUCGGGUCAAGCGGCUUCACCACGAUGUGUUCGUGUCCGGCCGUCAGAGGGCGACUUACUGCUCUCGACACGAAGACAUGACCCUGCUCAUCCGCACGCUCAACUACCCACUGGCUGAUGCAGCGCUCACGCCCACGCAGGGCGGCCGUAUCUGUCCCGUGUCUGUGCCCUACUCAAACAGCCAGAGCACCAGUAAAACCAGUGUCACCCUCUCGCUGGUCAUGCCCUCACAAAGCACCCUGACCAAUGGAACCAACACGGCCUCCACCCUGGAGGAAGGCACCCCGACACCUGGCAGUCAGAGCCCCACAGCCACUCUGCAGUCCACCAACACCCAGACGCAGAGCUCCAGCUCCAGCUCAGGAGAUGGAAGCCUGUUCCGCCAGAGAGGGAGUCAAGCGGCGCAGCCUGACGAGACGGGCAGGGUCCCACCCUACGUGGACUUCAGUCAGUUUUACCGACUGUGGGGGAGCGACCAUGGCGAUGGCCAGAGCAUGCAAGGAGGCCUGGGACCGCAGUGAGACCCACUGGAGUUCCCAGCAAAGCUGACACAUGGAUUUUUUUAAAGGGACAAAGAUUUAGGGACGUGAUGGGACGUCUUAUAAUAUGCUGUUAAUGUAAUGUUACUACAUAUAAGUGACCUAAAGGUGCAUGGGGAUGAACUUCUCAACAGAAGUUGAAGACAAUGAAAUGCUGGGAAAACAUUGUCACUUCACUCCAAAUUGAUGUUUGGUCAUUUGUAAAAGACAAAGGUGAGUGAGUGAAUCCAUGUAAUCCAGAUUGACAAAAUUAUUUUCAGAUGUAAAGGCACCAAAAGGGGAAUCUCAUGGACUGGGGAGCUUGUGGAGCUGUGAGUUAUUAUAUACUGUAAGGCCUUAAAACUGAAUAAAUGAAUGCUUUAUAAAGUACUGUUUAAGUUGUAAUGACAGUAUAUCUCCAGAUUAAUUCCCAUCAGCUUUCAUUUUCCCAAAGAGUUCUUCAAUAAUUCGUUGCUUUGACAUCCUGACCUUCGUUAAAGACCUCAACGGUCUGCUUAUAUGGUUGUUAUGGCAGCAAGUAAUGUAACUAGUGGUCACACUGCAUCAUUGUGUUGUCAUUUCUACACAGCUCAGAGGUCUAUUCAGGGAUUGACAGUUUAGAAUAUAAACACAACAUGUACAGCAGGGCUUAUUAGGGAUUUCAUUAUGAUAUUACAACCAGCUACCAGCUGGGACUGAAGCUGGUAAUAAAUAACUUGCUUUAAAGUGGACCUAUGAUGUUUUUUAUCUACCACGAGUACUUAAAGUUGUGACGCUGUGUAAGAUGUAAAUAAAGAUGAAUGAAUUUGGAAAUGUCAUAGACCCAUAUUUUAUCACAAUAGAACACAGUAAAAAAUAGCAACUGUUUCAACUGAAAAAAGAUAAUUACCAUUUUAGAAAAAAUCUUAGCUCAAUUUGGAUUUGAUGGCAGGGCCAUGUUCACCACUGUGUAGCAUCUGUUCUUUUGACAGCAGACCCUAAAUUUUGGAAAACUGAGGAGAGCAGCUGGACUUCUGGCAGACGAAUAUUGUCCCAUUCUUGUCUGAUGGAGGAUUCCAGCUCGGGUCUGCUUUGUUCUGUUUUGUUUGAUCAUGUGCCACUUGAUUGUUGAUGAAAGGUCAGCACCCAAACUCGUCUACUACAAAGCCAUACCGUUCCAAUGGCUGCAGUUUUGCAUUGUCUUUCUGAGCCACACAGUCCUUCCCUGAAAAAGGGGGUCUGGAUGGGACCAUAUGGUGCUCUAGAACUGAGCACUGGUAACAAGCUAGAUAUUGUAUCUGACCUCAGAACAGUUGUCUGCUUGGCCUGAGUCCAUUUUAAAUGAGCUUUGGCCCAGAGAAGACAGCAGUGUUUCUGGAUCACGUUCACAUAUGGCUUCUCUGCCUGACAGAGCUUUAACCUGCAUUUGUGGAUGGCACAGUGAACUGUGUCCACAGGCAGUGACUUCUGCAAGUGUUCCUCAGCUCGUGCUAGUUUUAAUGCAGUGCCGCCUGAUGGCCCAAAGAUCAGACAUCUGGUAUCGUUUUUGGCCUUGUCCCUUACACACAGAGAUUUCUCAAGGUGUUCUGAUUCUUGUGAUGAUAUUAUGUACUAUAAAUCAUGAGAUACUAAAAAUCCUCACAGGUUGACGAUCAUCUGAAAUCUUUUUCUCAAGAUGAUGCAAAUGCAGGUGAACCUCUGCCUCUCUAAGACUCUUUGUACCAAACAGUGUUUCUGACCUGUUGGCAAAUAACCAAAUUAGCUGUAAAAUAUUCCUCCAAGCUUUUUACUCUCACUUUGACGUUUGUUGCCCAACCUUUUUAACCUUUUUGCUGCAAUCAAUUUAAACUAAGCUAAUAGAGUUUUUUUUUUAGAUAUAUAUAAAAGGUUGUUUUUCCUCAGUUCAAACAUUUAAUUUGUUUUCUGUGUUCUGUGGUUAAUAAAAAUACUGGUUUAUGAGAUUUGCUAAA